GUCACGAACGCUUCUUCUCACAGAACAUUCAUCUCAAGCACUGCAGCCAAGAUGCCACUCAUCAAUGCAGGAAGUGGAAAGCCUCGCGUUAUCCUGGGCACCAUGACCUUCGGGCCGGAUGAAGCCUCAGGUGCCAGGAUAACUUCGCUGGACGACUACAAGUCCUGCCUUGAUGCCUUCCAGUCGCGCGGCUAUAACGAGAUUGACACCGCUCGCAUGUACAUUGGAGGCAAGCAGGAGGCAUGGACCCGAGACGCUGGCUGGAAAGAUCGUGGACUCACAUUGGCCACCAAAUGGUAUCCUCACAAGGCAGGAGCACAUGCUGCAGAAGUAAUUGAGGAAAAGCUCAAUGAAUCUCUGAAGGAACUUGGCACAGACACGGUCGAUAUCUUUUACCUUCACGCUCCCGACCGGAGCAUCCCUUUCACAGAACCUCUGAAGAAGUUGAACGAAUUGCACAAGCAAGGCAAAUUCGUCCAACUCGGUCUUUCGAACUUCACGGCCGCGGAAGUGGCAGAGAUCUGGCUGCAUUGCAGGUACAACAACUGGGUGCGCCCGACCAUCUACCAAGGAAUGUACAAUGCCAUCCAACGUAACAUCGAGCCCGAACUCAUCGUCACCUGCAAGCGAUUUGGCUUGGACAUUGUGGUCUACAACCCACUUGCCGGCGGUCUCUUCUCAGGCAAGAUCAAAACGCAAGAUGUUCCUCAGCAAGGACGAUUCAGUAAUACAGCAUCCGCAAUGGGACAGCGAUACCGGGAACGGUACUUCAAGGACGCCACUUUCGAUGCGUUGAGGAUCAUUGAGCCAGUCGUGCAGAAGCACAAUUUGACUCUGAUUGAGGUCGCCUUUAGAUGGCUGGUCCACCACUCGAAGCUGGACAUUGGUGCAGGAAAGCCGGAUGGAAUCAUAAUCGGUGUAUCAAGUGAACAGCAGAUGGUGUCCAAUCUCUCCCACAUCGAGAAGGGACCCUUGCCGGACGAGGUGCUGAAGGUGUUGGACGAGGCGUGGCUGAUUGCGAAGCCGACGGCGGCGAAUUACUGGCAUGGUGAAAACAAGUACACAUACGACACGCAGAAGGCUUUACUAGCAUAAUUGCCAAGUCUUCGAGGAAUUUUGCUGCGGAAUUGAAAGUAAUAAAGAUCAGCGCUCAAGGCUCGCCAAGUCAUGAGGUAAUGAUCAAUCUGGAUUCCACAGAGCACUGCACAAUGGUAUACU